CUGUGAACAUGAACGCGAUCCGGACCCUAGCUGUUUGUUUGAAAGUUCUGAGUUUUGCCGUUUCUGGUCGGACGCAGAAUUCAUCCGGUGCUACGUUGUAUCUGAUCUCAGGUCCAGAGGUGGUGCACGCUGGCACGCCGACUCCUCUGGCCGUCACCGUGUUCGGAGACUUCCCGGGCACGGUGACGGCUGAACUGGGACGUGGAAGCACCAAAGUAUCGCUGACCGAAAACUUCCAAGAAGGUUUGACGAGAGUCCUCACGCUUCCUCCUGCCAGAUUUCAGUCCAGUGAGGAGACUCUGAAGGUUUCCAACAACUUCUCCUCUCCGAGCGACUCGUAUGUUCAGAUCGCCCCCGGCAACACAUCUGCACAGAAUUCCCUCUUAAACCUGACGGUGCGGGGCUACAAAGGAAACAGUGUCAUUUUCACCAACACCACCACCCUAACCUUCAGUCCCAGGAAUGUGUCCACCUUCAUCCAAACUGACAGAUCCCGCUACCAUCCAGGGGACACAGUCAAAGCCAGAGCCAUGUGUGUUCAGCUGGAUAACCAUCCAUACAAGGACAGCGUGGAUCUCUCUGUGCGGGAUCCCAGUGGGAAUAUCGUAGACAGGUGGGAGUCCACGGCCAAUCUGGGAAUCGUGUUACGAGUAUUCCCUUUGUCCCAGACGGCUGCUCUUGGACGCUGGGUGAUCGCAGCUACUGUGAAUGGUGUGACUGACGAGAAGCAGUUUGUUGUGGAGCUUCAUGAGCGCCCGCACUUUGACGUUCUGAUCAAGACGCCGUCGCACAUCCUUGCUGGAGACGACGUCUCAGGAUCAGUGAGAGCACUGUAUCCCGAUGGACGACCCUUAGGUGGAACAUUAGUUGUUUCUCUGGAGUCUGCAAUGAGCAACACGACCUCUGCUAUGCAAACUAAAGAGUUCUACGGAUCAACACGGUUUUUCUUCAGCAACGAUCAACUCCAGGCUCUGCACACCUCAUCAGUUAGCAGUGACGGUCGUCCCACUGUGCACAUUACCGUCUCCGUUAACGACAGCACCACAGGGUUUAAAGUGAACAAAACUGUGAAAGUCCACCUGAUGCAGAACGUAUUCCAGCUCACAUUCCACCAUUUUCCACCCACGCUAAAGCCGUCGUUACACUUCUCUACUAACGUGAGCUCUAAAGGUCAGGUGGUAGCUGCUGGGACCCGAAACUCCUCGUCCUUCUCUCUGACCCCAGCGCUGUCCUGGGCCCCUGCGGCCUGCGUCACCGUUUACUGCAUCCUGUCUGACGGCGAGAUUAUCAGCGACGCGGCACAAAUAUCCAUCAGUCAAGACAGCUAUGUGUCAUUGAACUGGAGCAGUGAAAGGGCCCAGCCAGGCGAGCAGGUAUCACUGACGGUGACCGGUCUUGAAUCCAGGUCUCAGCUGGCAGUCACGGUAAUGGGGACACGCGAUGACGCCCUGCAGCCUGAUCUGACCUUUAAAGAGGAAGGGGUGGAGAUAUCUGUGGAUGCUGUGUCUGCAGAGGCCUCAGACAGUCUUGUUUGGAGAGUGAUGGUGAAGCCCGAGGGAGUUGAACAGCACUUCUCUCAGACGCUGUUCCUGGAGAUGGAACCGGAGAAACGGAACAAAUCCACAGCCCUCUCCUUCUCCUUCCCCCCAAAUGUGGUGCCCGGCAGUCAGAGGGCCCGUGUGGUGCUGGCUGGCGACAUCCUGGCUUUGUCCAUCAACAACUUGGGUUCACUGGUUCAGCUGCCGCUUGGAUGCGGGGAACAGAACAUGAUCCACUUUGCUCCAAGUGUAUAUGUUAUCCAGUACCUGGACACUACAAAUCAGGAUGACCAAGAGCUCAGGAGCAAGGCUCAAGCUUACAUGAUGAAAGGUUAUCAGAAACAGUUGUCCUAUCAGAGAGAAGACGGUUCCUUCAGUGCUUUUGGAAACAGCGACACCUCUGGCAGCACGUGGCUGACGGCCUUUGUGCUGCGCUGCUUCCUCCAGGCUCAGCCCUACGUGAAGAUACACCAGAGCGUCCUGGACAGGGCUGUGUCCUGGCUCUUAAAACGCCAGGGCCCCCAAGGAGAGUUCAGUGAGGCGGGCAGACUGAUCCACACCGAGAUGCAGGGAGGGCUGGAUAAGGGCCCGGUGGCGCUGACGGCUUAUGUCCUGAUUGCACUGUUGCAGAAUGAAAUCUACAAAGAGACGCACGAAGCCAGUGUGUCUCUGGCCAGAAAGUACCUGGAGGACAAAGUGUCCAGUGAAGUGAUCAGCAACUACAGCCUGUGUCUGACGGCUUACGCGUUAGCUUUGGUCAACAGUCCCGUCUCUUUCACCGCACUGACUCAACUCAGCAAGCGAGCGGACUACAUCAAUGGAGUGAUGAUGUGGAGCUCGUCUGCAGGCCUGAGGUCACGUGACCAGAAGCUGCCCUCGGCACAGAUCGAGAUGUCCUCGUAUGUGCUGCUAGCUCACAUCAACCGUGGCUCACUCUUUGAUGGCAUUACACAAAUGAAGUGGUUAAGCACACAGAGAAACCAUCUAGGAGGCUACGGAUCAACACAGGACACAGUAGUAGCUCUCCAGGCGCUGGCUUCCUACGCAGCGUUCAGCGGCGCCAACGCCAUCAACCUCAUGGUCAGCGUGUCUUCUCCAGAAUCUUCAUCGCUGUUUCGAAUCAACUCCACCAACUAUCGAACAUAUCAAAGCCAAGAGAUUCCUGCGCAAAACAAUCUGCAUCUAAAAAUAGACAUAGAAGGCAGAGGCUUUGCCACGUUUCAGCUGAACGUCUUUUACCACUUGGAGAGGGAAACUUUUGCAGAGAACCACCAGCAAGCUGCGGACAAGGAAGCUUUCUCAUUACGCAUCGAUGCCGCUGAUGGCAGCGACCGCAAUCACGUGACGUUGUCUGUAUGCACGAGAUUAAAGGACAGUCAGCCGAUACCUCACACAGGUAUGGUUAUACUGGAUGUAGGCCUGCUCAGCGGGUUCACACUCUCUCCUGAGGCUGCUGUCCAAUCAGCUGUUAUCAGGAAGGUGGAGACGGCACCUGAGAAAGUCAUCCUGUACCUGGAUUCACUCAACAAGUCAGAGGUUUGUAUCAACCUUCCCCUCGUCAGAAACUACAAAGUGGCCCGCGUGCACGACGCUGUGGCACGCGUUUACGACUACUAUGAGCCAACGAGAAACGCGAUGAGCACGUACAAUUCGCGAGGUCUGCCCGGCGUGGACUCCUGCUUCUUCUGUGGUGCAAACUGUGAUCUCUGCAGGCCUGGAAUCACCAUCACCAUGUCCGCUCAGUCGAUGGCUGCCUACAGCUUCAGCUGCCUGCUUCUCGGACUCACUGUUUUUCUUGUUUUAGUCUGUUAGAUCAGCGGUCCCCGGGCCUCGGACCGGUCUGU